AUGACUGCCGAAGUUCGCGGUAUCAGCCUGGCAUUCGUCAACGCCAUGGGAAACCUUGCUCAGAUCUACGGAUCAUACCUGUUCCCGUCUAAAGACAAGCCAAAGUACUUGAUGGGCUUUGGGGUCAUCUCUGGUCUCUGCUUCACCGGUAUAGCGGCGUACCUCGCGCUAUACAUCCUUCUUAAGAGGCCCACUACUAGGCGCUAG